AGAUCUGAACAUUUUUUGUGUGUGGGCAAAAAAAAAAACCGUUGCUUUUAUGUCCUAUUACAUUAGAUCUGGUUCUGUGUUUGUCAGAUCUAGAGAUUUGCAUAUAUGGGUUUCAGACAGAAAUGUGAAACAAAUGGAUUCUAAUUAGAAAAAAACCCUAGUUUUUGUUUCUGGGUAUCUCAAAGAUCUGUGCUUUCGUUUGACUCUGUUACAGAACCUGAGAAAAUGUAUUGUUUUUGUGUUAAUUUCUUGAGAAUUUCGAUGAAUCCGAGAUUUAGAAUCAGAUUCAACCUCAAAUUUGGAUAUUUGUCGAUUGCUUAUUGUUAUUGGAUCUUAUACAGUCAUUGUUCUGUUUUUGUUUGGAUUGAAUUGGGUUUAUAAACAACUUGAGGUUUUAAACUUUCAAUGGGGCAUUGUUUGUGUAGUUUAUAAUCUCAAUGGAUGAUGAUGGAUUCCGAAAUUGGGGAUACUAUGAACCAGCCGCUGCUACGUUUAAAGGUAAUCUUGGUUUGCAGCUUAUGUCUACCAUUGACGGGAACACUAAACCGUUCUUACCUGGACGUGAAUCGAAUCUUAUGAUCGGUUCAAAUGGUUCGUAUCAUCCUCGAGAGCACGAGGCCUCAAUGCCUAUGAACUAUAGCUGGAUUAAUCAACCAAAGGACAACAAGUUCUUCAACAUGUUACCUAUAAGCACACCUAAUUACAGUAAUGUCAUGUCCGAAACAUCUGGUUCGAAUUCGAUGCAGAUGAGGCAUCAAUCGGUUGUUACUACAUCCCGGUUUGAGGAAACACCGAUACAGCCUCCUCCUCCUCGUGAAGAUGAAACCGUUCAGCCUAGUGGUAAGAAGAGAAAGAUGAGAGGCAGCAUCACAACACCUACAGCACCGAAAGCUAAGAAGCCUCGUAAACCUAAAGAGGAGAGCGGCGUUACUAACAAUGUCCAACAGCAGCGUGUGAAACCGCCUAAGAAGAGUGUUGAUGUUGUGAUUAAUGGAGUGAGUAUGGACAUUUCUGGUUUACCUGUACCGGUUUGUACUUGUACUGGAACUCCUCAGCAAUGUUACCGUUGGGGAUGCGGAGGAUGGCAAUCCGCUUGUUGCACAACGAACAUUUCGAUGUAUCCUUUACCGAUGAGUACUAAGCGACGCGGUGCAAGGAUUUCGGGUAGGAAGAUGAGUCAAGGUGCGUUUAAGAAGGUUCUUGAGAAGUUAGCAACGGAAGGUUAUAGCUUUGGGAAUGCUAUUGAUUUGAAGAGUCAUUGGGCUAGACAUGGAACCAAUAAGUUCGUCACGAUCAGAUAAGUUUGGAAAAACUCAAAUGUUUUUUUUUCUCUCACUGAUCGUGUAUAUACAACAAAAUUGUAACCUUUUUGGUUGUUCCUUCUUCUUCUUGUUCAAGGUAACUUCUUCGUUUUAGGGUUUGAUCAUAUCUCUUAAUUCAUACAUUCUUAAUGUUCUGUUUUUGUUUGUUUGAAGUUUUCUCUAAGACAAGAAAAAUGUUUGUUUCUUUCUCUUUUCUUCUGCAACUAUUUCAUUUCAUCUUUAGGUCUUAAAUAUUAACUUGUAACAUUAGAUGUUGUAAUGAUCAAAUGUUGUUAUUUUAAA